AUGAAUCAACACUGUUCAUCCUCGGCUGAUGUUACGUUUAACCCUUGGGACUCUAAAGUUGAAAAGGGAAUGACCAUUCUGGGUUUUGUUCUCAAAGAAGGAAUUGUGAUUGCUGCUGAUCAUCGCUCAAGAUGUAACUUCGCUAAGAAAGAGUAUUAUUCGUCAGUAGGAAUACUUAUUGCCGUGUGGAACGAAUCGGAGCGUGGUCUGUAUAAGGUGAAUGGUGAUGGGGUAAUUACUAAAGAUGAUAUACUUGCUACUGGAUCUGGUUCACCUGUAACAAUCCUGGUGAAAGGUCUGGAGUGUCUAUACACAAAGCUGCUGAAAUUGCCAAAAAGGUUUACCACCUCGGAAGUGAGGGCUUCCAAAAGCUCUUUGAGGAGGAUAUGGAAGAAUAUCAAAGCCAGUUCCCUUGUAUCCCCAGGACCCAGGUUAUUGGAAAAGGAUGGUGUUGCGGUAGCUCGUCGUCUUUGUUCUUUUGCUUGGUUUGAUGGUUUUCUGGUGACACCAAAAUGUUGCAAGGGUGUUGAUAAUCAAAAGAAAUCACGCACUUGGAAUUUCCUCAAAAGCAGCAUUGAAAAGUUUUCAAGUGUUGCUGGUUGGCCAUAAAUUUGCAAGGUUUUCGUUUUUGCACAUACGUCUCCUUUGGUUGAAUGAGGACAAUUCAAUUCUGAUGGAUUGGUCGAUGGAAAUUCAACACAAAUUUGCAUGAACUCAACGUGGAGACAUCGUUGUACGGCAAACUCAUGGUGUAUUCAUCAACUUGGAUGCCAUUGAUAGACAUAUUUUUGUACAAGUUAAUGGCAGCCGAGUAUUUUGAAUUGAAUUGGAUUGAAAAUAAGGGUGCAUUGAAAUAAAUUGAAUCGAAUUUGAAUUGCUCCAACUUAACCCUGGCUCGAGAAAGGACAAUGACAUUUCUGGUAAAGCCGGCGGCUUUACGUUGGUUCAUAAACUCCGGCAGUUGAGUCUCGAGUUUCCAACUCUUGCAGACGGAUCCAACAGUUGGGAAGUGAUCAUAAGGGGCACGAAGAAGACAUUCGAAUCCGAAAACAUUUUCAUAAUAUAGCAAAUACCAAUGAAUAUUUUUCCUCAAUCCAAAAGGUUAAAAGUAUCCAAAUC